CACUAUCUUUGAAUAUGCUUCAAUAACUGCUCUAACGACAUGGAAUUUUUAGUUUUUAUUGUAAUGUGACGUGUAGAUAUUCCAACAAAGAUAGUGUGGGGAAGUGUGUUUCCAGUUGCAGUUUUUUCCCCUUCUUCAACAACGCGCUUUUUUCUGGGCCCUACUUUCUCGAAGGAGUCUCUCUCUUUCUUUAAAUCCAUGUUUAGUAACACACCCACAAGCCCACAAGAUUCUUACAACGUUGUUGGUGAAUCAAACGUUGUUGAGUGUGAAAAAUGCAGCUAAAUCGACAGUUAGAAGAUGGAAAUAACUUUGGAUCAGAAGAGAAUAGCGGUUCAGAUGAUGAAUUGAUGAAUAGAAGGAUUAAGAGGAAGCUGGAGGAGAUGAUUGAGCCGAUUGCCGAGCGUGUGAUUGAGCGGAUUGCCGAGCGUGUGAUUGUGCCGAUUGCCGAGAAUUUGUACCGUAGAGUUGUUAACGAGGCAAUUGAAUUGGCACCAGAAAAGAUUUUGACAAGCAUUAACCAGAAUCCGGAGAGAGCGAUAAAUACUUCAGAACCAAGGAUCUUAAAGCUACAGUUUCCAAACAAAGUCGGUCUUCCAGUCUUUACAGGGGAGGAGAUCAAAGGAGAAGGGGGUAACUCUAUUACAAUAGAAUUAAUCGACGAUUUAACUGGGCAAGUUGUUAACUCGGGACCUGAAGCUUUUUCAAAGGUGGAAAUAGUACCUCUUAUGGGAGAUUUUGAUGGUGAUGAAAGAGACAAUUGGACACAUGAAGAGUUUAAUGAUAAGAUUUUCAGGGAAAAUGAAGGAAGAAACUCUCUUCUUGUUGGAAGUGUAGACCUCAAACUACAUGAAGGCAUUGGUCGUGUAGGUGCUAUUAAGUUCAAACAUGGUGCACACUGGAUGAAAAUACAGAAGUUCAGGCUGGGGGCAAGGGUUGUAGAUAGGGUUACUGGGACUAGAGUUAAAGAGGCAAAGACAGAAUCCUUCUUAAUCAAGGAUCGCCGAAAUAAACUGUACAAGAAGCCCCACUCCCCAUCUCUUCUGGGUGAAGUGUGGCAGCUAGAAAAAAUUGGCAGAUAUGGAGCUUUUCACAAGCGGUUGAUUGAAGAAAAAGUCUACACAGUGAAGGAUUUUUUGACUCUACUGUUCCUAGACCCUACAAGGCUUCGAAAUAUCCUUGGGACAGGUAUGUCUGCUAAAAUGUGGAAAGUUACAGUGGACCAUGCUCGGACAUGCGAAAUUGAUACGAGGUGCUACUUGUACUGUCCUUCCGGAUCUCAACACAAGGCUGGGGUAGUUUUCAAUGCUGUGGGGCAGUUGAUGGGAAUACUUUCAGAUUGCCAAUAUAUUGCCACUGAUAAGCUAUCUGAAACGGAAAAGGCAUGUUCCGCCUGUCGCAAAAUUGCUGACGCCCACAACUCGGUAAUUUCUGCGUUUAGAAACUUCGAGGAUGUAGUCUCUUUUGAUGAUGAGGCCUCUCUUACGGAUGGCCUUUUGCCCAUGUCCAAUGGUCUUUACCCCUCAAACUCAGCCAUCCCAGGGAGUUCUGAUGGCAAUAAGGAUUUGGCAUCCGAAAAAGUGGGCAAAUCUGAUUGUAUGCAGCUAAGUGCCUCUUCCCCAGACAUCAUGCCAUCCAUCUAUUCCAUUGGGGUGUUAGCUUGGAUGAUUAUGGGUUGCUAA